AGUUGUAGUUUUCAGGUCCCUACGGCCGACUACAAGCUCCACUGAACGGUGGUGGACGGUUGCCUGGUGUCAUUAGCAAACUCCAAGUAUGGCGGUGGCGCGCGCCGAUGUGGGUUUGCCUCCCGGAGAAGGAUCAGUGGUGAAUUGGUCCGGACAGGGACUACAGAAAUUAGGUCCAAACUUGCCCUGUGAAGCUGAUAUUCACACUUUGAUUCUGGAUAAAAAUCAGAUUAUUAAACUGGAAAAUCUAGAGAAAUGUAAACGAUUAAUACAGUUGUCAGUAGCUAAUAAUCGACUAGUUCGGAUGAUGGGUGUGGCCAAACUGACUCAACUCCGUGUAUUAAAUUUACCUCAUAAUAGUAUUGGCUGUGUGGAAGGCCUCAAGGAACUAGUGUAUUUGGAAUGGCUGAAUUUGGCAGGAAAUAAUCUCAAGGCCAUGGAGCAAAUCAAUAGUUGCACAGCUCUACAGCACCUUGAUUUAUCAGAUAAUAACAUACCCCAGAUAGGUGAUGUAUCCAAGUUGGUAUCUCUGAAGACUUUGCUUUUACAUGGAAACAUUAUCACCUCUCUUAGAAUGGCACCUGCUUAUCUACCCAGAAGUCUUUCUAUACUGUCUCUGGCAGAAAAUGAAAUCCGUGACUUAAAUGAGAUCUCCUUUUUGGCCUCUUUAAGUGAACUGGAGCAAUUGUCAAUCAUGAAUAAUCCUUGUGUGAUGGCAACACCUUCCAUUCCAGGGUUUGACUACCGGCCGUACAUCGUCAGCUGGUGCUUAAAUCUCAGAGUACUAGAUGGAUACAUGAUUUCUCAGAAAGAAAGUUUGAAAGCUGAGUGGCUCUAUAGUCAAGGCAAGGGGAGAGCAUAUCGGCCUGGACAGCACAUCCAGCUUGUCCAGUACCUGGCUACAGUCUGUCCUCUCAUUUCUGCACUGGGUCUUCAAACUGCAGAGGAUGCCAAAUUAGAGAAGAUUCUGAGUAAACAGAGGUUUCACCAGAGGCAGCUGAUGAACCAAAGUCAAAAUGAAGAGUUGCCUUCUCUUGCUCCUGUUGAAACAAGAGCACCCCUUACACCUGAGUGUUCAAGCCCUGUUCAAGAUUACCAGAGAGUUCAGGAAAGUGAACCUGUCAUCCAAAUCAAUUCUUGGGUUGGGAUGAGCAGUAAUGAUGAUCAGUUAUAUGCAGUUAAGAGCAACUUUUCAGCCUCUGCACACACUACAAGGUAUUCCCGAAAUGACCUUCACCUGGAAGAUAUCCAGACAGACGAGGACAAGUUAAACUGUAGUCUUCUCUCUUCAGAGUCCACUUUUAUGCCAGUUGCAUCAGGACUGUCUCCAGUAUCACCCACUGUGGAGCUGAGGCUACAGGGCAUUAACUUGGACCUAGAAGAUGAUGGUAUUGCAGAUGAAUCUGUGAAAGGGCUGGAAAAUCAGGACUUGGAUAAGGAUGAAGAAAAAUCUUUAUGGGGUACAAAUGAAAAUGCUGUUCAAAUGUUGAAAAGUAAGAUCAGUACAGAAGUAAAUGAGAAAGUUGGACUAUUACCUUGUCCAAAGUCAACAAUAAUCAACACUGUCUUGAAGGAUAAUAGCCCUAGUCUUACAUCUUUUCCUGAGUCAGCUGGGCACAUUGUCUCUCAUACAGAGGUAGAUGGUGAAGAAACCAUGUCUCUAACAACUUCAGAGAAAUUUCCCUGGAGGAGUUUUACCCAGAGACCUGUUGCUGUGGGACAAGAUAAAGUUUUCCUUCAGAAACUGAACAAAGCAGCCACCAAGCUUCAGGCCUCUUGGCGGGGUUUUUAUACCAGGAACUACAAUCCACAAGCCAAAGGUGUACGUUAUGAAAUCCGGCUACGCAGAAUGCAGGAGCAUAUCGUCUGUCUAAUGGAUGAAGUAAGGAGAUUAAGAAAAGAAAGAGAUGAAGAACGUGCUAAGAAUUUUGUACAAGAAGAAGCGGUCAGAUUCCUCUGGAACCAGGUAAGAUCUCUACAAGCUUGGCAACAGACCGUGGACCAGCAUCUGAUUUCCUGGCAUGCUGAUGUUCCUCCUAUAUCAAGUACUCUCGGUCCACCUAAACCUUCAUUGUUUCCCCAAAGUCAGAAUCCCUCUUCUGCUCAAAAUUCUGGUUGGCUCAUUGCUCAGGACGAAGCACUUCAAGAGAAAUCCAUACCAGAAUUUCCAGACUCUGGUUUUCAUUCCUCCAUAACAGAGCAAGUUCAAUGUUUUCAGGAUUCUUUGGAUUUUGAAAAAAGUUCCAUAGAAGGCAGCGAAAGUUCCAUAUUGGGGAAUUCCAUCGACACGGUCAAAUAUGGCAAAGACCUUGAUUUAGAGGAUGUUAGUGAGGAGCGCAGUGACUGGAGUAAGGAAAGCUCCAACAACGAGCAGGAUAGUAAUCUGCUCGAGCAGUACUUAACUUCAGUUCAGCAGCUAGAUGAUGCUGAUGAGAAGACUAAUUCUGAUGAAGUGGCAUGUGACAGUCAGCUUCCAGCUUGUCUCCUGGAAAAGUUAGAUGCCUCACCUGACAGUGCUUCUGUAGGUGACUCUCAAAGUGUAUCUCCUGCAUUACAAGAUGAAAUUAGCCAGACACCAGAGAACUGUAAGUUAAAUGCAGAAGUUGAAGGGCAGCAGUCAGAAUGUGAUUCUACAUUUCAGGUUUUGCAUGUGGGUGUUACUGUAUAGCAUGUCUGGUUUGGGGAACAGAAAUUCACUUCAGUUUUCUUAAAAAUGUUUUCAGUUGCUUCUUUUCUUUAGAAGGGGAGCAGCCCUUUUUCCCAUCUUGUUAUUGUUUAUAUAAAACUUGGAUUCUUGUCUCAGACUUUUCAGAUUUGAGAUAUUGAGCUGUCUUCAUUUUGGUUUUACUAUUUAACUGUAAUUUACUAAACAGUAUUUAGGUUAAAAGGUUUAUGUACUUUGUUUCUUAACAAUUACAUCAAUAAUGUUUCUUUUGUGUACUUAUUUCCUUUCAAAAAUAGUUUCUUAAAGAAAGUAGUAAAUUUUACCUUAGUGAUGUAAUUAGGAGACGUUGGUUCUUCUGAAUCAUAUAGUAAGGAAUGUAUUUAUUAUGUAAGGCAUGACAAAUAUAAGGUUGUGAACUGUUGACAUUUGCAAUAUAGCUCCUUCCCUGAACCAAAACCAUGUUUUUUCCUCUUAGUUAAGGAAAACCUUCUUAUAUAAGAAAAUUUAGAGAAAAAAUUUUUUUUUUCUGCUAACUGGUUCAACUGGUGCAAUUGAACCCAGGGCCUUGGGAAUGCUAAGCAUGUGGUCUGCUACUGAGCUAUCCCUCGACCCCUAGAUUCUUUUAAAAAGAUAUUUUAUUUGUUAUUUUUAUUUUAUGUAUAUGAGUAUAUUGCCUGCAUGUAUGUAAGUACACACAUGUUGUACAAUGCCCAUGGAGGUCAGAAGAGGG